AUGGACCUCGAACACCGUAUCAAGGCUUACCGCUUCGUCGCCUACUCGGCGGUCACCUUCUCCGUCGUCGCCGUCCUUUCGGUGUGCGUCACCUUGCCCAUGGUGUACAACUACGUCCACCAUGUCAAGCGCACCAUGCACAACGAGAUCAACUUCUGCAAGGCUUGUCGACUUUUCUUUAUUCUUAAAGCUUCUAAAACAUUUAUAUGCUUCUAACGACUAGGUCUAGUCUGUUUCGUAGUCCUUGCCGCAGUGUUUGUAGUUUGGACUGAAAUUUAACUUUUGUAGGCUAAAAAUAAUUCAAGAACUUGCGGUCGUUUCCAUUGCUAUUUUAGAUUAUCCAAGAAUCUGAAACUUCAGUAAUUUUUUUAAUUUCUCUCCAAAUCGCAAGCUUUUUAAAAAAAUUUCACUGAGACCAUCAGAAUCAAAUGAAAAAGCUCUAAAUUCGCUGAUAAACAAUUAAAACCUCAUUUUUUUCAGGGAUCCGCCAAGGACAUCUGGUCUGAGGUCAACCACCUGAAGAACAUCCCAUCCGGAAACAGAACCGCCCGUCAAGCUGGAUACGGAGACGCCGGAGUCACCGGAGGAUCUGCUUCCGCCGGAGGCUGCGACGCUUGCUGCCUUCCAGGAGCCGCUGGACCAGCCGGUACCCCAGGAAAGGCUGGACGCCCAGGAAAGCCAGGAGCCCCCGGACUCCCCGGAAACCCAGGCCGCCCACCACAGCAGCCAUGCGAGCCAGUCACCCCACCACCAUGCAAGCCUUGCCCAGCUGGACCAGCCGGACCCCCAGGACCACCAGGACCAGCCGGAGACGCCGGAUCCAACGGACGCCCAGGAGCCCCAGGAAACGACGGCGCCCCAGGAGCCCCAGGAUCAAAGGGACCAUCUGGACCCAACGGACAGCCAGGAGCCCCAGGAGCCCCAGGAGCCCCAGGACAGGACGCGCCAAACGAGCCAGUCACCCCAGGAGCACCAGGACCAGCUGGAGCCCCAGGACCACAAGGACCACCCGGAGCCCCAGGAGCCCCAGGAAACGACGGAGCCCCAGGAUCUGCUGGACCAAAGGGACCCAACGGACACCCAGGACAGCCAGGAGCCGACGGAAACCCAGGAGCUCCAGGACAGGCUGGACCACCAGGAGGCUCUGGCGAGAAGGGUAUCUGCCCCAAGUGCGUUGGUUUCUUCAGAACUUUCUCAAAAAUUUUGAGAAUUUUAUCUAAAAAUGGACUUUUUCCAGGUACUGCGCCAUCGACGGAGGAGUCUUCUUCGAGGACGGAACCCGGCGUUAA